AUGAGAGCUAACACUCAGGCUACUGCUAAGGGCGCUGAGAUUCCUAACACCACCUUCGGUUACAUUCCCUGGACUCCGGAGCUUGACUCUGGUGCCGUCUGCGGUAUCCCCACCACCUUUGAGACUCACAAGGAGUGGAAGGGCAAGAAGAUCGUGGUUGUGUCCAUCCCCGGUGCUUACACCCCGAUCUGCCACCAGCAGCACAUCCCCCCGCUGGUCAAGCGCUCGGAUGAGCUCAAGGCCAAGGGUGUCGACGGUGUCUACGUGAUCGCCUCGAACGACCCCUACGUCAUGAGCGCCUGGGGCACCUUCAACCAUGCCCAGGACAAGGUCGUGUUUGCUACCGACAUCGACCUUGACUUCUCGAAGGCUCUCGGUGCCACCAUCGACCUGAGCUUCAAGAAGAUGGGCGAGCGCACUGCCCGCUACGCUCUGAUCAUUGAUGACCUCAAGGUGGUCGACUUUGCUUCGGACGAGGGCGACACUGGCGCUCUGCAGAACGCCUCGAUCGACACUAUCCUGACCAAGGUCUAA